AUGUUUAAUUUAUUUAAAGCAUACCUGUGUUCCACUGGUUUAAAACGGUAGAAAUUCACUGAGCUGUUCAAAUUACACUGAACGCCGAAGAAGAAUACAGGUGAAAACAUGAAACUUAACGCUGUGAAUAUUUUUGUGAUUUAUGUAGUUGGGUUUGCAUAUGCUGCUGUAAUAGAAGUACGUGAAAACUCUACUGUCACUAUAACAUGCGACCUAAACGUCCAAUAUCCAACAUGGAUUGGCCCAGGUGGACUAGCAGACCCUCUUACAAGCGGACAAACGAUAAAUGAAGCGGAUGUGGAGUGGGUGAACAAUAAAGAUCUCAAGAUUGAAAAUGCAAUGUUAAAACAUGACGGCAAUUAUACGUGUUCAGAUAAUAAUGGUAACAGCAAGACCGCUGAAGUUGAUGUUCAACACUUUUCAGCUUGGGCCGAAAUAUCUGUAGCUUCACCACAGAAUACAACAGCAGUGUUCACUUGUGAAUGUCAUAGUAACCCACCUUGUAAAAUAGUUCCUCAAAUUGUUUCGCACAUCGUGCCUGAUAGUGCGCCUACUCACACAACAUUCAAUCCUUGCAGACCAGAUCCAACUCGUCAAAAUAGAAUGAAGUGUAGCACUAUUGCAACAUUAGGAAUGGCAAAGGAAUAUAACGGUCUCAAGGAAAACAGUUGCAAGUUCUCGUACAAAGGCACCGAGGCCUAUAUGACGUUAUCUCCAGAAAAUAAGUUCUACUUUCCACCGACAUAUGUUAACAUAACUGGAGAGAAAGAUGGUAAAACCGUGACACUAAACUGCACAACCGAUUCGUCGAAUCCAGUAGCUGUAUUAAACUGGUAUAAGGGGGAUAAUGAUGUAGCCUCCGAUAAUUUUAGGGUCAUAAGCAACUAUGAAAAAGUCAUUGUUGACGCGGACUAUCAUGGUAAAAAUAUAACACAAUCUCUCGAUAUCAACGUAGAUGAUGUUAAGGAUGGAGAGAAGGCUUUCUGUUGUGCGGAACAAGUACAAACUGAGAUCUGUGAAUCUUUUCUAUUAACACCAUUUAGAGAAACAUCUGGUGGUCACAGUUUUACAGCCUGGAUGACUAUGAUUAUUGUUGGCGUCGCUGUCGCAAUCGUUUGAGGAAACGACAUUACAUACUCUUUUAAAAAAAACAAACUAUAAUAUGUUCAUGACUUUAUUUACAUCAAUUUAUAUUCGUAAAUCCAAUGUAUCUCUAUUAUUCCCAUUUUAAAUAUCGCGAUAUAUUAUUUUGAUACAGAUUUUGUAAUUGAUGCAAUUAUAUUAGCAAGUUAAUAAAUAUAUACUCAGUA